AUCGGGCCGCGGGAGCCCGCCCUGAGCUGGGCGAGGCGGCCGCCGGGCGCUCCGCCCCAGAGCCGCCCCCUGGGGCCGCGCCCCGCCCGCCCGCCGCUCCAUCCCGGGAGCGCCCAGCCGAGCUGACAGUCCGGCUGAGCAGCUGCCGCCGGCGCAUCAGCCUGCCCGGCUGCGCCCCGCGGCUGCUGCGGCUCUGCCCGUCGGAGAGGCGGCGGGGGCGGCGGCACCUGAGCCGGGCCGCCCGCCCGGGCUGGGCCCCGUCCUGCUGCCCGCCCUCCGGCCCGCGCGCUCCACCGGCCCCGCGCCCGUCCAGGAUGAGCCCGCGCUACUUCCUGCGCUCGCUGCUGCUGCUCAUCUUCGCCGCCUUCUCGGCCAACGCCAGCAACUGGCUAUAUUUGGCAAAGCUGUCGUCGGUGGGGAGCAUCUCUGAGGAGGAGACCUGUGAGAAGCUGAAAGGCCUGAUCCAGCGCCAAGUGCAGAUGUGCAAAAGGAACCUGGAGGUCAUGGACUCAGUGCGCCGGGGGGCCCAGCUGGCUAUCGAGGAGUGCCAAUUCCAGUUCAGAAACCGCCGGUGGAACUGCUCGACACUGGACAGCCUCCCUGUCUUUGGCAAGGUGGUGACGCAAGGGACCCGAGAGGCAGCCUUUGUGUAUGCCAUUUCCUCGGCCGGGGUUGCCUUUGCCGUGACCCGGGCCUGCAGCAGCGGAGAACUCGACAAAUGCGGCUGCGAUCGGACAGUGCACGGCGUCAGUCCCCAGGGCUUCCAGUGGUCCGGCUGUUCUGACAACAUUGCCUACGGUGUGGCCUUCUCGCAGUCUUUCGUCGAUGUGCGGGAGAGGAGCAAAGGAGCCUCCUCCAGCCGGGCACUCAUGAACCUUCAUAACAAUGAAGCUGGAAGAAAGGCCAUCCUGAACAACAUGCGCGUGGAGUGCAAGUGCCACGGGGUGUCGGGGUCGUGCGAGGUGAAGACCUGCUGGAAGGCCAUGCCGCCGUUCCGCAAAGUGGGCAACAUGCUGAAGGAGAAGUUCGACGGGGCCACCGAGGUGGAGCAGCGCAAAGUCGGCUCCACCAAGGUCCUCGUCCCCAAGAACUCCCAGUUCAAGCCCCACACGGACGAGGACCUGGUCUACCUGGACUCCAGCCCGGACUUCUGCGACCACGACUUGAAGAACGGCGUGCUGGGCACCGGCGGGAGGCACUGCAACAAGACAUCCAAGGCCAUCGACGGCUGCGAGCUCAUGUGUUGCGGCCGGGGCUUCCACACCGAAGAGGUGGAGGUGGUCGAGCGGUGCAGUUGCAAAUUCCACUGGUGCUGCUUCGUCAAGUGUAAACAGUGCCACCGAGUGGUGGAGAUGCACACCUGCCGGUGACCUGGGGAACGCAGCCUCCGUUUCGGCCACCCCGGCGGCGCUGACGGAGGCGGGCCCAGAGACCGCGUGGAAAGGACCUGGGGUUACCCAGCGGGGAGACGCUGCAGAGGAAAUGGAUUUUCUUCUUUCUUUUUUUAAGGGGGAGAUAUUUAAAAGUUCCAAUAGCGAUUG